AAAAAUUCACAAUGCCUAUUUCGAGUAAAAUUAAAUAACAUAACUAGAUGAAAUCUAUCAGGAGUUGCUUGACUUUGAAGAAAGAUACCAUAAAGGAUCAGAGAAAUAUGAUGUUAUACAAAAAUUAAUAGAUUUAUAUGCUUAGUUAAUUGAGCAUUAUGACAGCAUAUAAGUAAUAAUUGAGUAAAUUGUAGGAUCCAGUGGGAUAUUAUUUUAAUGAGAAAUUAUAAUCAUUAUUUGCUUGUCAAAGAGCCCUGAAGAGCAUUCGUAAAACUAAUUAAGAUUAGCCACCAUCAAUGCCAAGUCAUACUUAGAGUUUAAUAAUAUAAGAGAUUAACAAUAAUUAGAACAGUUAUGAAAAUACAAAGUCAAAGGUUUUUGGAUAUUUUUAUAAUAAGUAAUCUGUAUGUGUGGAACAUAAAAAGAGAGAGCGUUAAACAAAAGCAAAGAUUGCGAUGGAAAUAUAAGAUAAGAUUGAAUUAAGUUAAAAUGAUUUGUAGCAUUUAAUAAUUGGUUAUUAAAAAGCUUCAGAUUAAACAUAAAAAGUGAUAGAGGAGGAUCUUAAGCGAUAAGAUGAAUUGUUUUUAUAGAGAAGGCUUAAAAGAGAGAGUAUAAUUCAAUAUUGAUAAAAGAAACAAAUUUAAUGAGAAAAUCCAGUAGAAUGUGCUCAACUAAAUGUAGUACUGAAAGAUUGGAUCCAUUCGAGAGUUGUAUUGAAUUUUCAAGUGGAGGAGUGGAUUAAAAUUAAGAUCUUAAUAAUAUCAGAUUAAUGUUGUUACUUAAAGAAGAACCAGGUAAAAUAAGUUCAGAAAAGACAAAUGCUAUAAUAAUACAGGAUCAAGUGGAAGAAGUGUAACCUUUUGAAGAGAUAUAAAUAGAAGAAAUGGAUGAAACAGAAAAUAUUAUACCACCAAGAAGAUACAUAAGAGAAUCUUCAUCUGAAGAUGUUACUGAUACUCCUCCAUAACCAAAACGAAAAUUCUAACAAUUCGGCAUGAUAGAUAAUAAUGGGGAUAUGUUGUUAAUAGAGGAUGAAUAAAAUUUAAUAAGCGAUUUAAAUAUUGGAUUAAAUUGAACUAGAAUGAUUG